AUGGAGGAAGCGGCUGCUUGCAGCUCGCGUACUCCAACCGAGGUAGGAAGCUUCCAGCAUCCUACCAAGAAACUACGUGUGACAAGUGUCAGGGUGAAGACACCGCCACCGACACCGACGAGCAACACCUUCGAAGGAUUGCCAGUCGACGUCAAAAUGUCCAGUGAUACUGUUAGCGACGCAAAAUCGAUCGUCGUUGCCAAAGCGACAGCGUGUACCACCAGUCGUCAUUCGGGAGAAGCACCGAUGGACAACACGUCCAUCCCGAAACCGCAAUGGGCUACAAGAGCGUACUUGCUCCAAGAGGACAAGCCGCUGAAGGUGGUACUUCGCGGUAUCCCGACAGACAUCCAGACUGCGGAUGUCUCAGAAGACUUGAAGGCGCAGGGCUUCAACGUUGAAAACGUCGUCAGGAUGACUAGCGCUAAGACGAAGACACCUAUACCGCUCGUCUUGGUCAUCCUACCUAAAGACGAUAAAAGUAAAGAAAUCCUUAAUCUAACAACAGUUUGUUUUCUUACGAUUUCAGUAGAGACGCCACGACAAAGGACCACCAUCGGCCAGUGUCACCGAUGUCAACGCUUCGGGCAUGCUCAGAGAAACUGCACGGCAACCGCCCGCUGUGUAAAGUGCAGACAGAAACAUCACACCUCGACCUGCGAGAAGCCGAGGAACCAGCCGGCCAAGUGUGCGAACUGUGGAGGAGAACACCCGGCGAGCUACCGCGGUUGCCCGCAAUUUUCCGAGCUUCCCCGACCCAGAGCGAGGACCACGCCGGACUCCCGGACAGCUUCCAACUCAACAGCCAGCGCAGUUCGCCAAGGAGUGUCGUUCGCCAGGGCAACAGCGCCAAGGUCAACGCCUUCCACACCGACCGCUUCUCAGGCAGCACCGGGUCCCGCCCCAGCCGCCCAGACCGACACACUUACUAGUAUCAUUCAGAUGCUAGCCAGGUUCGACCUUCAGAAAGUGACUACUGUCGCUCAGAAGGUCGCCAACUCUUCGACUGAUCUUCGACCUGAGCGGACGCAUCAAGCAGAAACCACAGCGAGAAGAACAUCAGGGAGCGCAGCUACCAGUUUGAUAGCUUUCCAGUCGUUUUCAAGACUAAUUCUACAAAAUCGAGAAGGAGCAACGGACGACAUCACAGGAGGAAGCAGAAAAGCGAUGGACGAAGCGGCUGCUUGCAGCUCGCGAACCCCUUCCGGUGGGACGGAGGAAACCGAGUUUCGUCUACCAUCCAAGCGCCACAGGGUUACCGACCUGAGGGUGAAGACCCCGCCACCGACCGAGACCAAGAACUACUACAAGCCAUUGCCUUCGGAAAUGGACCUGUCGGACACAGGAAAGUGGACCAGCCUGUGCAACGAAAUGAGAGCCAGAAGCCUCAACUUCACGAAGGCGAAAAACAUGACGACACGCAUCAGCAUCCAACCAGCUGAUAAAAAGGACUACCACGGUAUCAUGAAUUUAUUGAACGAACAGAAGACUGAAUACCAUACCUUUCUUUUGCAGGAAGAAAAAACCGCUGAAGGUGACGAGGUUAUGGACGACCUGAAGGAGAAGGGUCUCACAGUCAAAAACGUCGUGAGGAUGACGUCAGCAAAAACAAAGGCCCAGAUACCGCUCGUCCUAGCGAUACUGUCGAAAGACAGUAACGCCAAGGACAUCUUUAAGGUGAAUCGCCAAGACAAAGGACCACCAUCGGGCAGUGCCACUGCUGCCAACGUUUCGGCCACGCUCAGCGCCGCUGCACGGCCAAGCCACGCUGUGUCAAGUGCGGAGAUGGUCACCUAA